GACAGCUUCAUCAAGGGCAUCCGGGCAUCCAGCGAAUGAAGGCGAUUGCACGCAGUUUCGUGUAUUGGCCAUCAUUGGACAGCGACAUCGCCGAUCGAGUUGCUUCAUGCGAAGCAUGCCAGGCUGCGGCGAAAUCACCACCAUCCCAGAUACCAUCAUGUUGGCCGAAGCCACCUGGGCCUUGGCACCGCGUACACAUCGAUUACGCUGGACCUGUGGAGGGAGCCUAUUUCCUGAUUGCGGUAGAUGCCUACUCCAAGUGGCCGGAAAUCAUUAAAACUGCAAGUAUUACCUCAUUCGCUACAAUAUCUAUUUUGCGAGGAAUAUUUGCCAGAUUUGGACCGCCAGUUACAUUGGUCAGCGACAACGUCCAACGGCCAGGCAGAGCGAUUUGUGGAUACCUUCAAGCGAUCACUGAAGAAAAUACGGGCGAGGAACGUGUCCCUUGAAGAGGCCCUGGACUUGUUUCUUCUCACGUAUCGCUCAACACCAAAUCCUGCUUUGGACCAGCGCACACCAGCCGAAGUGAUGUUUGGAAGAACGACCAGGACAAUUCAUCAUCUAUUGCGCCCUCCUGCAGCAUCGGAGUCUACAGCGAAGGAUGACUUUCGUGAAUACCAGCCUGGUGAUUUAGUGUAUGCCAAGGUGUAUCGGGCAAACUCUUGGAAUUGGAUAGCAGGGAGGAUUGCUCGCAGAAUUGGCAACGUCAUGUACGAGGUUGUGUCGCACGACCAGAGAAGACUUCGGCGUCAUGUGAAUCAGCUCCGCCGCCGUGUCGCUAGCUCAUCAGAACGGAACGAGAUGGAUCAGCACCAAUUUCCCCUUAGUUUACUUUUAGAUGAGAUGAGUUUGACGUCUCGUCAGCAGUCGCCGUCCGCUUCGCUGCCAACGGAGCCAGCCUCAUCUUCAGCAGCACCGGCGCUGACAGGGGUUCAGCGAGCACCGGCAUCAUCGCCAGCAUCAUCCGUGCAACCGGAGGUACAACGAGCGGCUUCGUCUAGUGGCAGCAGCAACACCCAGCAGACACAGCUACCACGACGAUCUUCUAGGACUAGAAGACUGCCUCGUAGGUUCAGCGCGUAUCGGCUGAAUUAAAAGGGGGAGGUGUUGAGUGUAUACUCGACCAAGCAGCGGAGGCCCGGACCGUAACGCCGUUACUCGGUCCUGUCAACGGAUGACAGCGAUCGACGUGCCAUGCGGUUCAUCCUUCGUGUUCGGGCUUCGGGACCGAUCGGCCUCUUUCUUGAUCCAGCCGCUGCCGAGACAGGACGCGUUAGACGAGCGAAGUUUUAGCGUGUGUGUGUGUGUGCGUGUGUAAUAAGUGUAAUAAGUGUAAUGUAAUAAAUAAGUUUUAAUUUGUUGUAAACCGCAA